CUCUGCCUUUCUAACUUUGGUCUCUGCCCUCAACGGACCAGCUUCUCUGCCUAUCUUUAUCAAUUCACUCUGAUAUUCUAAUUUUAUUUUAUUUCAGCAAAAGCCUUCAGAAUGUCUACCAGGACCAGAAUCACUUCCGUCAGCCGCUCUGCUCCCUUAAGGAACUUUAGCAGCAGCUCUUACUCAUCUGGAGUCUUCGCUCCCCGCAUGUCCAGCUUUAGCAGUGUGGGAAUGGGUAGUACUAGAGCACAUGGCAUAUCUAUGUACUCGGGAAGAGGUGAGAUGAGUCAAGCCCCCAUCACUGCUGUCACUGUAAACAAGAGCCUGCUGGUCCCCAUGAAUUACCAGAUUGACCCAACAAUUCAAGCCGUUCGCACCAAUGAGAAAGAUCAGAUCAAGGGCCUUAACAACCGCUUUGCCUCCUUCAUUGACAAGGUUCGUUUUCUGGAACAAGAGAACAAAAUGCUAGAAACCAAAUGGAAUUUGCUCCAGGAACAGACUAUCAUUCACUCCAACAUUGAUGCAAUGUUCGAGGCCUACAUAGGCAACCUACGCAAACAGCUGGACAGCCUGGGUAGUGAAAAGAAUAAGCUGGAGGGGGAACUGCACAUAAUGCAGGGCCUGGUGGAGGACUUCAAGGGAAAAUAUGAAGAAGAAAUCAACAAACGCACAGAUUGUGAGAAUGACUUUGUUGUUAUCAAGAAGGAUGUGGAUGAGGCCUACAUGAAUAGGGCUGAGUUAGAGGCCAAGAUGGAGAGUCUGACAGAUGAGAUUGACUUCCUCAGAUCGAUCUAUGAGGAGGAACUGCGUGAGCUCCAGAGCCAGAUCAAGGACACUGCAGUCGUUGUGGAGAUGGACAACAGUCGCAAUCUGGACUUGGAUGCGGUUGUGGCUGAGGCCAGGGCACAGUAUGAGGAUAUUGCCAACCGCACACGUGCUGAAGCAGAGCAAUGGUACAAAACCAAGUAUGAAGAGAUGCAGACCUCCGCCAACAGAUAUGGAGAUGAUUUACGAGCUACCAAAACAGAGAUUGCAGAACUUAACCGCAUGAUCCACAGACUGACAUCCGAGAUUGAUGCAAUCAAGGGGCAGUGCAAAAACCUGGAGGACCAGAUUACUGAGGCUGAGGAGCGUGGUGAGCUGGGUGUGAAAGAUGCCAAGGAGCGCAUUAAGGAACUGGAAGUGGCACUGCAGAGAGCAAAGCAUGACAUGGCCCGUCACAUCAGAGAGUACCAGGAUCUGAUGAAUGUCAAAGUCGCUUUGGACAUCGAGAUCGCCACCUACAGGAAGCUGCUGGAAGGAGAGGAGCACAGACUGACUAGCGCCAUUCAGUCUAUCAACAUCUCAAAAACGAGUUAUAGUGGUUUCUCCAAGUGAAAGAGCACCCCCAUCAGCUACCCCAUCAGCAGUCCCAGAAGCAGCUGGAGUUACCUCUUCAAUGCUUGCUGCAGCAGCUAAGAUGCCACCCAGAUCAACAACAUCAGACAUGAGCAAUGAUGGCAACGUUCUGUCUCAGGCAUCCAGGGUUGAUUAUUUGAUCUGUCUAGAGUAGCAGGGCAGCUACAGUUUGGACCAAAAUAUUUAUACCACUGGCAUUUUCAGACGAAAAACAUUUUCUAAGUUUCUUUUUGUUUGG